AUGCAAUUGUGCUGUGAACCCGUAAAUGGCUCUUGCAUAAGGAGCAGCUGGUCAACCAGUAUCCGUUUUUCCAUGUAUAUCUUCAUGGUCUGCAUUAUUCUGGCCACACUGGUUGGAAAUUUGAUGGUUAUCAUCUCAAUAUCACAUUUCAAGCAGCUCCAUACGCCUACUAAUUUCUUGAUACUUUCCAUGGCUACAGUAGACUUUCUGCUGGGAUUCCUUGUCAUGCCUUGCAGCAUGGUGCGCUCUGUUGAGCACUGCUGGUAUUUUGGGGAGCUCCUCUGCAAGAUCCAUACGAGCACAGACAUUAUGCUGAGCACAGCUUCCAUCUUCCAUCUUUCCUUCAUAGCCAUCGACCGUUAUUAUGCUGUGUGUGACCCUCUAAGAUACAAAUCAAAGAUAAAUACUUUUGUUGUCCUGGUCAUGAUAUUUGUAAGUUGGAUGGUCCCUGCUGCUUUUGCUUUUGGGAUGAUCUUUCUAGACCUAAACUUGCGAGGGGCAGAAGAGAUAUAUAAUCAUGUCCAAUGUGCAGGAGGAUGCUUUGUCAUUUUUAGUGAAAUUUCAGGUGUUGUGGCCUCCACAGUCUCUUUUUACAUCCCUGGAUUUAUUAUGCUAUACAUCUAUAAGAAAAUAUACUUUAUAGCCAAGAGGCAGGCAAGAGCCAUUGAUGCAAUUACCCAAAAAAAGAUGCAAUUUGAAAUGAAGCACCACAUCUCAUUCUGCAGAGAAAGGAAAGCUGCCAAGACAUUAGGCAUAAUAAUGGGAGUAUUUCUUAUCUGCUGGAGUCCAUUCUUCUUCUUUACAGCAAUCAAUCCAUUCAUGAAUUAUGUGAUACCUCCUAUUCUCAUAGAUGCUUUGGUUUGGUUUGGUUAUUUAAAUUCUACACUUAACCCAAUUGUUUAUUCAUUUUUUUACACGUGGUGUCAGAAAAAUUAUGCUUGUCUAAUGAAUGUUUCAAUCUGGGGGUUAGCUGUCCUGUCUGUGCCCUCUCCCAGCUUCUUGUGCAUCCUCAGCCUACUCACAGAGAAGGCCCUGAGGCUGUGCAAGCGCUGCUCAGCAACAGCUAAACCAGGGGGCUCCGGUUUCGGUGGUUGCGACACGGUGCCGCAGCCUGUGGGCUGUGCCACCGGCUGUGGCCCCAUGCACAGUGAUCCCACCUGCGGCCAAGUCUCGCGGUCUGCCCCUCAGCCACCAGAUGUAGCAGGACAGCGGAAGAAACUUGUGAAAAUUAAAUCUGCCUGUGGAACUGCAUCUCCAACAGAAAAACCUAAAAAAGGACUGAUUAUGCUUUCUCCAAAUAUCUCGAGGGAUUUGACUGAUUGCUCGAAGUUUGGAAAUAGAUCCUGUCCUGAGAGCUUUAGGUCACCAGGAGUACGAGGGGUAAUGUAUCUGUUCAUAACCGCAGCCUUCACUCUCACCGUCCUAGGGAAUCUGGGCAUAAUCAUUUCCAUCUCAUAUUUCAAGCAGCUUCAUUCUCCGACCAAUUUCCUCAUCCUGUCCAUGGCCGUCACGGAUUUCCUGCUGGGCUUUGCCAUUAUGCCCUACAGCAUGGUGAGGUCUGUGGAGAACUGCUGGUAUUUUGGGAUGACAUUCUGCAAAGUUCAUUACAGUUUCGAUCUGAUGCUCUGCUUAGUUUCCAUUUUCCAUCUUUGUUCCAUUGCCAUGGAUCGGUUUUACGCAAUCUGCCACCCUCUGCAUUACUCCAGCACCAUGACUGUCGCGGCCAUAAAACAAAUCAUAGCCAUCUGCUGGUCACUGCCCGCUGCUUUUGCCUUUGGUGUGGUUUUCUCGGAAGCUUACGCUUCUGGAAUUGAGGGCUAUGAAAUGCUGGUUAAAUGCUCGAGCUUGUGCCCCAUUGCAUUCAACAAACUGUGGGGAGCUGUUUUAUUUAUAUUUGGUCUGUUUGCUCCUGCUUGCAUUAUGAUAGGGAUUUAUGUUAAAAUUUUUACAGUCUCCCGAAGGCACACAUGUGAGUUGAACCAGGCACACAGGCACAUGAAAAGUAAUAAGAAAAAAGAUCUUUCUCAGAAUAAAGAUAGGAAAGCUGCCAAGACUUUGAGUAUAGUUAUGCUGGGUUUCUUAAUAUGCUGGUUUCCUUGUUUUUUGGCAAUCUUAAUUGAUCCAUUUUUAAAUUUCUCUAUUCCUUUACCUUUAUUUGAUGCUCUAAACUGGCUUGGGUAUUUAAAUUCUUUCUGCAAUCCAUUAAUAUAUGGCUUUUUCUAUCCAUGGUUCCGGAAAACAUUUCAAUAUAUUUUAAAAGGCAAAAUUUUUAACCCACAUUUUCGUACAAUAAAACUUUUAUCUGAUGACCAGUCACAGUAA